AUGGCAUUUCCUCAGCCCUAUAACCCAUAUAACCCUGGUUUUCAGCAUGAGGUUCCUGACUCUGACUUUGAUGAGUUGGUAGAAAAUUCGCCAUUUGACAUUGCUGUCACCCUGUGCCCUAACUGCAAGAAACAAUGCCAGUCAGCUGAGGCAGUCCUUGAGCACCUCAAUAGCUCUACAGUGACCACCAGGGCAGACAGACUUAUUGGCAAAGUAUCACCUCACCUCUGGCUACCAUUAUUUACUUCUGGAUCAGCCCCCUCCACAAAAUAUAGUUCAAGAAAUGCAAAGCCAUCCUCUUCAACAAGCCAGAGAGACCAACAUAUGACACAGAUCAACAAAUUCCCCAAGUUAGAUUGGUUCCAGACAAGAGAGUGGCUGCAAUUCAAAUCGAAGGAUGAGUUAUUCUUUUACAUGCAGCAGCUUCCUGGCCAUGGGCCAAAAUGGCAGUGUACAAAGCUUAAGCUCAAGGGCUACGAAAGUGAACAGCCAAUUCACCUUAUUUGGAGGGAUGGGUUGGAGGUUAUGAAGCAGCUUUUUGCAAAUCCUGAUGUCUUCAGGUCCUCAGAGGCAUCAUCAUCUUCUCCUGGCACACAUCUUGCAGAUAAUAUACUUUGCAACAACAUUAGCAACAAUGAGAAUAGUGAUUGCUAUGAGGCGAUGGAUGAGGUUCCUUCACCCAAAGUGGAAGUAGGGUCUCAGAAUAAGAUCAUCCUCUCCUUAAUUGGAUAG